CUUAAAAAUCAUCAUCCUUCUUCCAUGCAACAAGCCAUACCUUACACCACAUCCGCCGCCGCCGCCGGCGGCGGCGUCGGCAGGAACAACUUACUCGGUGGUGGUUCCAAGGAGGCAGGGGAUGAAGUUAGUUUAACCAAAUUGGUGGUGGAGAAUGCGGUGGUGGUUUUUGGUAGACGAGGGUGUUGCAUGUGCCAUGUGGUGAGGAGGUUGUUGCUAGGGCACGGUGUGAAUCCGUUGGUUUUCGAUGUGGAUGAAGAGAAAGAAGCCGCAGUGGUCAAUGAAUUGGCUGCAAUCAAUGGUGGGAAGGGAGGAGAUACCGGUGGGGUACAGUUUCCGGCAGUGUUUGUAGGAGGCAAGUUAUUUGGUGGGUUGGAUAAAGUCAUGGCUACGCAUAUUUCAGGGGAAUUGGUUCCCAUUCUCAAAGAUGCCAAGGCACUUUGGUUAUGAUUUUAGUCUUGUCUAUGUUUUCAUAUCUAGCUAAUCUCUUUUUCUUUAUUUCUCUAUGUUUCUUCUCAAGAAAUUUUUUUUUUGGGAGGAAUGCAGGAAAGUAAUAGAACGAUUCUAAUUAA